UGGCGGCAGUUGUUUUCACCCAGGUCGCGGUUGCUGGAGCUCAGCUGUGGCUCCUCGGCGUGGAGGCGUGAGCUGGUGCGGAGAGGGACGCUCGAGACCGGAGGGAGACGGGAAGGUCGGAGGGGAGCUGGGAGCCAGCCAGCGCGCCCGUGGUCCCCGGCCGCCGCGAUGUCAGCGCAGUGCUGUGCGGGCCAGUUGGCCUGCUGCUGUGGGUCUGCUGGCUGCUCCCUCGGCUGCGGCUGCUGCCCCAAGAUCCGACAGUCCCGGAGCACCCGCUUCAUGUACGCACUCUACUUCAUUCUCGUCUCCGUCCUCUGCUGCGUCAUGAUGUCACAAACCGUGGCUAACGCGAUGAAAGAGCACAUUCCUUUUUAUGAAGACAUUUGUAAAGGCAUUAAAGCUGGUGACACCUGUGAGACGCUGGUAGGGUAUUCUGCGGUGUAUCGAGUCUGCUUUGGAAUGGCCUGUUUUUUCUUUAUCUUCUGCCUCCUGACGUUUAAUAUUAGCAACAGCAAAAGUUGCAGAGCCUAUAUUCACAAUGGCUUUUGGUUCUUCAAGCUUCUGCUGUUGGGGGCCAUGUGCUCAGGAGCUUUCUUCAUUCCAGAUCAGGAGACCUUUCUGAAUGCCUGGCGCUAUGUGGGAGCCAUCGGAGCCUUCAUCUUUAUAGGCAUCCAGCUCUUCCUGCUUGUGGACUUUGCACAUAAAUGGAAUAAGAACUGGACUGCAGGCACAGUUCACAACAAGCUGUGGUACGCCUCUCUGGCCCUGGUGACACUCAUCAUGUACUCCAUUGCCACUGGAGGCUUGAUUUUGAUGGCAGUGUUUUAUACACAGAAAGAUGGCUGCAUGGAAAACAAAAUUCUCCUGGGGGUAAAUGGAGGCCUGUGUCUGCUUAUUUCACUGGUAGCCAUCUCGCCCUGUGUCCAAGAUCGACAGCCACACUCCGGGUUACUGCAGUCAGGUCUCAUAAGCUGCUAUGUCACGUAUCUCACUUUCUCAGCUCUGUCCAGCAAACCUGUAGAAGUAGUUCUAGAUGAACAUGGGAAGAACGUUACAAUCUGUGUGCCUGACUUGGGUCAGGACCUGUACAGAGACGAAAACUUGGUUACUGGACUGGGUACCACGCUCUUGUUUGCAUGCAUCUUAUAUUCAUGUUUGACAUCUACAACAAGAUCAAGUUCUGAUGCUCUGCAGGGACGAUAUGCAGCUCCGGAACAGGAAGUCGCUCGGUGUUGCUUUUGCUUCAGUCCCUAUGGAGAGGACACUGAAGAGCAGAAGAAUAUGAAAGAGGGACCGGGGGUUAUUUAUGACGAGAAGAGAGGCACCGUCUAUAGCUAUUCCUAUUUCCACUUCGUAUUCUUGUUGGCUUCCCUUUAUGUGAUGAUGACCGUCACCUGCUGGUUCAACUAUGAAAGUGCCUACAUUGAAACCUUCUUCAGUGGGAGCUGGUCCAUCUUCUGGGUGAAGAUGGCCUCCUGCUGGGUGUGUGUGCUGCUGUACCUGUGCACGCUGGUUGCACCCCUCUGCUGUCCCACUCGGCAGUUCUAUGUGUGAGGAUCUGAGCAAUCCUUGGUUCUGCAGGCUGGAAAUGACGUCCUUUGAACAUGUAUCCCAAGACACUGAGCAGUGACUGGCGCUUUGUGAAAAGCUGGCAUUCCCUUGGCCGGU